AUGGUAACCACGUUCCUCAAUGUGGCCAAACACCCUGAGCCAUAUAUGAUUGGCUCAGGCUGGUCCUAUCAGCCUCUUCCCUGGGACUGUAACUCAGGAACUGCCUGUGGCCGGAGCGAGGAGCUGAAAGACCGGUGUCCAGUGAGGCCGGCAGAGGCGGAGCCUCAGACAGGGGGCGGGACUGAGCCUCCAGGGGCGGGGCCUCUGGCCAAGGGUGGGGCCGAGCCUCGGAAAGCCACGGCGGCGUCGGUAGCAUCCGCGUCCGGAAGCAGGCGGGUCCGCCGGCCGCCCUCGCUGGGCCGCGUGGCGGUGGUGAUAGACCCGGGCUCAGGCUUCAUCAAAGCGGGCUUCGCAGGUGAGCACCAGCCGCGCCUGGUGUUGAAGAGCUCCAGCUGGGACCGGCCCUUGUUGCCCGCUGUGCUGGGCUGCGAGCGGAUGGGUGGUGUGACGCGAGCGCACCCCAUCAAGCACGGCUUGGUAGUGGACUGGGAGGCGCUGGAGGGGCUGUGGGAGCGCCUGCUGGUGGGCGGCCUGCGGGUGUGCCCAGAGCAGUGGCCCGUGCUAGUGAGUGAUUCGCCGUCAGCGCCGCCCGUGGGCCGCGAGAGGAUAGCCGAGCUGCUGUUCGAGGCCUUGGCAGUGCCCGCGUGCCACAUGGCCAGCACAGCAUUGCUGGCGCUCUGCUCCACCGGCGCCUUCAGCGGGCUGGCCGUGGAGGCAGGCGCGGGCGUGUGCCACGCCACACCCAUUUAUGCAGGACACUCAUGGCACGAGGCCACGUUCCGGCUGGACGUGGCAGGCAGCACCCUGUCUCGCUACUUGCGGGACCUGCUGGAGGCAGCAUGCCCCCACCUACAGCUGCGGUCCCUGCCCCGAAAGGCCAUCACGCAGCUCAAGAAACGCUGCUGUUAUGUGUCCCUGGACUUUGAGGGUGACCUUCAUAACCAGGACCGCCAGCAUCCAGUCAGUGUCUGCUUAGGUAACGGUUCCCGUGUCUGUCUCAGCAGCGAGCGCUUCCGCUGCCCAGAACCCAUUUUCCAGCCAAGUCUACUAGGCCAGGCCAGGCCAGGACUGCCUGCACUGGUCUUCCGGGCGCUGCAGAAGGUUCCCAUAACACUACGGAAGCGACUGGCUGAUACUGUGGUGCUGGCCGGUGGCUCCACACUUUUCCCUGGCUUCACUGAGCGCCUGGAAAUGGAGCUGGAUGCCCAGUGCCGGAGGCACGGCUAUGGGGCCCUGAGGCCUUGCUUGGUGGCCAAGCCUGGGCGUGGCACAGCAGUAUGGACAGGUGGCUCCAUGGUAGCCUCCUUGCACUCCUUCCAAUGUCGCUGGAUAACCCGGGCCAUGUACCAGGAGUGUGGCCCCAGGCUGGUGCACGAAGUGUUCAACUGAGUCACUGGAGGGGAGGUGUCACAUGAGGGGCAGCAGGGGCAGAGGCUUAGCGGGCUGAGCUAUCAGAGGCAUUGAGUUCCAGAUAAAAAGUCUCAAGUGAUCGGAGCUGGCAGUGUCAUCAUGUGCUGACGGGUCGCCCCUACUCCCUACUGAGCCAGCAGGAGGUGGUCCGGACCCCUAGGACCCUCACUUCAAC